ACCUUUUCCAAAGCUCUCGUUUUUAAUUCAAAGAAUCAAAAAACCAAAGUUUUCUCCUCCAAUCUGCAACUCCCAAAACCCAGGAAACUUACAGUGAGUUUCCAACAAUGGCGGAUUCUGAGAAGCAAACUGGUCUUGGAGAUUCCUUGAAACCCUUCUUCCAUAGAGCCUCCGAAGCCGAGGAACGAUUGUCAAGACUUGAAGCUGCACUUGCCACUAAGAAAGAUGCUGGAAAUGAAGAACUUUUAAAGGUGAUAAGUGAACUUCAGUCUAAGCUUGAAUCUACAAAUGCAGAACUAGUUUCAGAAAGCGAAAAGGCUCGAAAACUUGCUGUUGAAAAUGCUAAGCUCCAAUAUCGAAUUCAACAUCUUGUUUGGGCAGUUGAGAAGGUUGAUCAUCAUGAAUUGGAACAAACCAAUUUUUUUUUUAUCAAUUAUUUUGGUCUCAGGUGAUGUGUGGUCAUGGCAGAGGGGAAAUUAUUUGAGAUAUUGGCUGGAAGUGGAAAUACUUGAUGGUUCAACCAACUUUGCUGCAUCAAUUGUUGCACAUAUUUUAUCUCUAUUAUUAGGUCAUUGUGAUUUUAACAUACAUUUUGCACAGUUUCAAUUCAACUAUGAGUUUUGAAUACACACAAAAAUGGAAAUGGUACAGUCGAUAUUUAUUACAAGUGU